AUGAAAAAAAUUUAUUUAAAUUCAAGAUUUAAAGGAUAUAAAAAAAAUAGAAACCAUUUACUAAAAACAAAUAAAAAUUUUUUUUUAGGUAAUACUAAUUAUAAACAAAAUAUUUUUAUUAAUAAUAAAUACACAUUAAAUAGAUAUUUAAAAUUUAAUUUUAAUAUAUCUGAUAAUGUUUAUAAUAAUAUGCUAUAUAGCUAUAAAAAAGUAAAAAAUGAAUAG